AUGGAUGAGGCUAGCCGGGAGGACAGUGCAGAAGAGCUGAGAAUGAGAUUGGAAGAUCUGGAAGAGCAGCACCAGAAGAUGGAGACAGAGCUUCGCAAAUUGAGAGAGCUGCAGAAGCACCAUGCUGACGAUGGAGAUGGUGCGAGCGGGACUCAGGACGAAGAAAAUGAGGAGAAGGGGCAUAACACAAUGGAUGAGGAUGGGAAUAGUGGGGAUUUGAAAAAUGGAGAGGGAAACUCACGUCGUCGUCGGGGAAAAAAUGGGGGGCGCAAGCGACGCGAAUGGUGGCUGAAGAGUGGUGGAUUUACUCUGGACGGAAACCGUGGUCUUCGUGACAAUCCCGGAGGUCGGAGCAACCAUGGAGGUUGGGGCAACCGUGGAGGUUGGGGCGACCGUGGAGGUCGGGGCAACCGUGGAGUUCUACUGACGAUAUUAGCAGGCCGAAUUGUAUGCCAGAAUAGAAGUAGACCAGGAUUUUUCCUUCAGGGUUUUGAGAGUAGUCCGCCUGAUUUUGCAGCAUAG